AUGAAAUAUUUGUGUUUUGCUAUUAUAUGGGCACUGAAUGUGCACUUAAUUUACGGUACGGAUGAGUGUGGGAUCAGUCAUUACAAACGGCCUAAUAGUAAUAUAGCCGGGGGGAGGGAGGCCCGUAAGGGUGAGUUCCCAUGGAUGAUAUCAGUGCAGAAGAGAAAUCCAGGUGACCCAGGGCACCAACACCACUGCGGGGCCAGUGUUAUCAACCGGAAAUGGAUACUAACAGCAACUCACUGUCUAAGAGGUAUUGAUGCUAAAGACUUGCAAAUAGUGGCCGGUGCUCAUGAUAUAAAAUCGUGGACCGACCACAUGUCCAGACACAUGGUCGAGCAUAUGGUGCUGCACCCGGACUUCGACAAUAGGACCGGACUUAACGACAUCGCACUCAUUAAAGUAAAGCAGGAGUUCCUGUUUGAGGAGAAGUCCGAGUGGUUGGUCAACAGUGUGUGUCUGCCAAAAGAGGGUUACAGUCCCCGGGAAAGUUUGGGAACGGCUGUGGGGUGGGGCCGUAAGUCUGACAAAGGAGCAUUGUCCAAAAUCCUCAAAACGGUUGACCUACCGAUCCUCAAACAAGACGACUGUCGCCGUUUGGUUGGCUAUGAUUUCCUCAAAGACCAGGAGUUCUGUGCGGGCGGUCAACACGAUAAGGACACGUGUACGGGCGAUUCUGGAGGACCUGUCACACAGAUCAUAGAAAACCGGGCAGUGCUGGUGGGUAUUACGAGUGCCGGAUUGGGGGGUGUGCCCUGCGGAUCAACCGGUUGGCCCGCCAUUUACACAGACGUCAGUAAAUAUAUUCAUUGGAUUAACGAACACAUUGACUAAAUUAACAAUUGUUGUAAAUGUCUAAAAAAUGGCCACAUCUUUAUUAAUGGUUUAUAAAAAAAUUCCAAUAAAUUACAAAUUACUUAACGCUAAAAUAUAUUAAUUAAUUUAAAUUUAUAAAUGUGUUUAUCGCUUAUAAAUAUUACCG